AAAACAGUCUCUUGAAGAAUCUGAAAUGCUUUCGCAGCCUUAGUCAUCGCAGCCAUAUGAUUUUUAGGCCCACCGGACUAUAUAUGCAGCUGCAUCUUUCACCGUGAACAUAUUUCGUUUUUUGGAGUAAUGCCUUGGCUACAGUAAGAUGCGAUGCUGAGGAGGGACAUUCGUGGAUUUAGGAUUCCGUUUGUUUCAUUAUAACGUGAGAUCACCGCUGAUAAAACACCAUGGAGUGAUUGACAUACAGUAACUGGGUUUUGGGAGAGAGGAGAUCGACCCCUUGGUCCAUCGGUUGCCUGUAUAUCAGUGAUCCAAUCCUGCGUUUUUGUUGACGGAGCCCCUUGGCAAUCGGCAUUAUUUUCUCUCCGUCUGUGGUUAGUGGGGGAGGCGGAGAGAGAGCCACGGUGGAAGGCGCCGUGUUAGCGUUAUAGCUUCCGACCAGAGAUAUUGUUUUAUUUUUUGGAAAGAAACGUGGCUUAUGUUUUGCGACUGGACUACCAAACUUGUGGUUCACGGCAGCAUUUUGCGUCUUUUCCCUCCGCUGCAGAUGAUACAGAAAACCAUCAUAGCGGUACCCCACCACUGCAAUUUUUGGGCAAAGAUAAGAGUGGCGUCGUCUUACAGUUAAGGCUACUAUUGCAGCAUAGGGGGAAUCUUCUGGAGGGGAGAAUCCGCCGAUUCCGCGCUUAGCCUACCUACAAUGCCUUAUUAUUAGCAGUAAGCUGUGACUGGAUUUGAAACCCAGCAUCGUCCCGCGGUUCCCCCGUUUCAAAGCUGCUGUUUACCCAUUGAAAAUCACUUUGAAAAGCAGCGGAUCCCGAUGGCAUGGACACUUAUGCAAGGUCUGCCGCGCUGCCGUGCUACUGGAGCCUACUUGCUGUCUCUUCAUUCAACCCAGCUUCAUCGCCCCGCAGUCCAGAGAGCCCUGCCGCAACGCGACCAGCGACCACCGAGCCAAAGCAGGCGGCAUGAGGCUUGAUUCAGUACAUUUAUCCAUGCUGGUCAUCGGGGUCUCAUUCGCCUGCUACUCCCCGAGUUUGAAAUCCCUGCAGGACCAGGUUUACAAAUCCGCCGUGGUGAUCGAGGGCAAGGUGCAGUCUACGCCUGUGAACGUCUCCGCGGAGCGGUACCGUGUGAAUGUCAAAGUGCUGGAUGUUUGGCCCCUUAACAGCGGGGGUCUGGAGCGAGAACAGCUCGUCACCGUGGGGGAAUUUGGAUCUGAGGCUCCGUGCACCAAAGUGAAGAAGAACCACAAGUACAUUUUUUUCAUGGACCCCACUGACGAGCCAUUGGUUUUCAAGGCAUCGUUUGCGCCUCGGGACACGAGUGUGAAGAGCCUAAAAAAGGAUGUUGGGAAGAUCUUGUGUGAGGACUGCGCUGCGGCUCCAAAGUUAAAACCGAUGAAGAAUCCAAUAACAGUGGACGAGGGAGGCAAGCUCAUAGUUAAGUGUGCGGCCAAAGGGAGCUCUCUCUCCUUCAGAUGGUUCAAAGAUGGCAACGAGCUGCAGAAAAGCAAAACACUCAAAAUAAGGGACACCUCGAGGAACUCCAAACUCCAGAUCAACAGAGCAAAACUGGAGGAUUCUGGGAAUUACACGUGUGUGGUGGAGAACACGCUGGGAAAGGACAACUCCACCGGCACUGUUAACGUCCAAAGCAUAACCACAACGCCACCUCCAGCCUCAGGCCACGCCAGAAAAUGCAACGACACAGAGAAAGCCUACUGUGUGAAUGGCGGCGACUGUUACUUCAUACACGGUAUAGAUAAGCUCGCCUGCAAAUGUCCGGACGGAUACUUCGGCCCACGGUGCUUACAGACUGAGCCGCUGCGGCUGAUUAUGCCCAAGCCUACAGAAAAGCAUCUUGGGAUUGAAUUUAUGGAGGCAGAGGAACUCUACCAGAAAAGAGUCCUGACAAUCACGGGUAUUUGUGUGGCGCUGUUGGUGGUGGGCAUCGUGUGUGUGGUUGCCUACUGUAAAACCAAGAAACAAAGAAAGAAGAUGCACACUCAUCUGCGACAAAAUAUGUGUCCAGAACAUCCCAAUCGUAACCUUGCUAACGGACCCAAUCACCCCGGACCAGGCCCAGAGGAAAUCCCUAUGGUAGAUUACAUAUCAAAGAAUGUCCCUGCAACUGAACGAGUCAUACGGCCUGCAACAGAGGGAUCGUUCCCUGCCAGCCAUAACUCUUCCAGAUCUCACAACUCUUCCACACGAGCCCAUUCAUCAACACACAGACAUGAGGAACGGACAUGGAGCCUGGCACAUUCUGACAGCAUCCUCUCCGACUCGCCGGGAAUGAUGUCAUCAUCCGUGGGGACCAGUAAAUGCAGCAGUCCUGCGUGCAUGGACGCACGGGCACGACGCGCUGGUCACUGUGGUUACUCUGACCCCCAUCGGACGGGCCUGCAGUACAGAGACUCUUUCGACUCGCUGGGAGACUCUCCGCACAGCGACAGAUACGUGUCAGCCCUGACGACACCAGCCCGACUCUCCCCAGUGGAUUUCCAUUACUCAUUGCCCUCGCAGGUGCCUACCUUCCAGAUAACAUCCCCCAAUGCCAGCCAUGCCAUGUCUCUCCCUCCUGCUGUCCGCAACCCCUACCCUCUGGAGGAUGACCAGCCCCUGUUGCGCCGCUACCAGGUGCCACUACACGAUGCCCAGUGCCAGGAGCCCUACCGGCAGCAGCGCCGCACCUAUCUAAACGACAGCAGGGGCAGCCUGCCCUCCAGCCCCUACCGGCUGGCUAAAGAAGAAGACUAUGAGACCACCCAGGAGUAUCUCUCCUCUCGGGAGCAACCAAAGAGAAGUGGGUCCAGUGGAACUGGUAGCCGGCGCUGGCGGAGAUCCAGACUUAAUGGCCACGUGGCCCCGCGUGGAUACGAGGCCUCUCGGGACUAUGGGUCUCGAAGCUGCCUAACAGAUAGUGAGUCAGAGGAGGACGGGGAGAACACACCCUUCCUCAGUAUGCAGAACAUGAAUGCCGAGCCCUCCACCAUCUACAGGCCGGUGGACAGUCGGACUUAUCACUCAUCGGGGCGGCACAGUGGGCAUGGGAACAUGCAUACGAGACUUACACACUCACGCUCCAAACCGGACAAUACACCCAUUAAAGAGUGAAAAUGAACCAACAAAAAUCAAUAUAGUAUAGACCUGCAUCUAUAAGAAAUAUUUUUAUUUUAUAUAACUGAGAUAUUCUAAACAAAUGAAAUAUUUAUUUUCAUUUUAGCAAAAGUUGUCUACUAGUUAACAGCGAAGACUUUUUUAUAGGGAAAACUCUAUUUAUAUGUACAUUUUUGAUUUACAGCAUAAAAAGAUGUGCCAGUUUUUUCACAACGUAAAAGAAUAAUAGUAAUAUUGUGGUGCCUUUUGCUGUAUGCCGAUGCCAGAGGGCCAGUGGAGGUUUUUGUAGCCUUUCUUAUAUGGACGCCUCAUUUUUUAUACACAUUUAUGUUGUUUUUUCCUCUCUGGUUUCCUGUUUUACUUUCUUUCCAAUUUGCAUUCUUUGAGGAGUCUAGCCCCACUGGAACAUAACCCCUUCCAUGUCAUGCAAUAUAAACCACUUCAACAUAAAGUGUAUGUUUACAUUAAUAUGAUUCGCCUGUAGGGUAUAUGAUUUGGGAUCUAAUAGAGCGCCUGAUAAAUACAAUGUAGAUCCUUUUUGCCCUCUGACUGAUGUCUACAGAAAGAUUGUGUGUGUGCGUGUGUGUGGUGGGGGGGGGUGAUUGUUAGAUGAAUUUCAUUGUUUGUUGUGAUGACAUCAAACUUGUGGAUCUACCGGUGUCUCAGCAGAGGUGACAGAAGAGUGUAUCAGAGGUUCACAGAAUAGUGCUUUAUCAGAACAGUGACCCCCAGUGUAUGUGGACAGGUAAGGCUGUUUUAGGGUUGUAUGUUAUGCAGGUCAUUGCUUGAUGUGUUUACAGCUAUUCCUUCACUUUCCCAGCCUGCCCCAGUUUAGUCCUCUUUGAUUCCCCAGCAGGUUUUCCCUUAUGUUAGUUUCUUAAGAGGUCAACACACGCUGAGCCGCUUGGCACAGGGUGACCCCUGCCAUCAGGAGUGAUGGCAAAACAAAAAGAUGACAUCUGUUUUCACUCAACUCAGCCCCUAAUGCCAUUCCUCAUCAUCCUUCUGUGUCCAUUCUGUUUUUGUGGAUCGUGUUAAAGGCCACACAGUGUCUCAGGAUUUCCACUUGCCCACCCCCCCUUUUCCCUUCCACCUUAAACUCUGUUCACCCUCUUCCUCAACUUAAGGUCUACCUAAGACUAAGGCUCUCAGAUCAUGAAGGCCUAAAUGUAAAACAUACAGCCUACCAGUUCCCUGAACACAUGCACAUAGAGAGAAGGAAAGUGGAAGCAGCUGAGUGGAGUACAGUAUAGAACAUACUAGACAAUAUAAUGGAAAUAGCUGUGAAACUUUGGAGGAUCAUACAAUGCAAAAAUAUGCAAACUUUCUAUUUUGUUGUUUGAUUACAUCAUUUUCUAACAGGUGACUGUAGUGUGUUUUGUGUGGAAAAAAACGAUGUGAUGCCUGUAGUGUAGAAUGAACAUGAUAUAAAUGCAUAUUUACAUGAGUUAGUUUUUAAAGCCAUUAUGCAGCCAUCUAUAAAGUUGUCAGCCUUUCUUGUUCACAUGUCCAUUGAAUGACUGUGUCCAUGAAUUGUUGUAUCACUUACUUUUAGACUGCUCCACUUAAAAUGCACACUUCCAAGUAAUGGCAAAUAGCAUCCAGAUAGUGUCUCCUCCGAUGGUACUGUGUACUGCUUUUUAUCUUGUCGACGGUUAGUCAUUUCAAAUGAACUCCAUAAAUGAGGAUGAUUUCAAAAUUUAAAACA